AUGACGGAACGUUCUCGAAAAGAAGAGAAAGUUUUCAGAACAAUGGAAAACGACAAUGUCGUUUUUAGAAACGGAAAUCCAGUUCUCGUCGCUCAGCCACUCACCGUUGUCCGUGCCCUAACCAGCAACGGCGGCGCUCGCGUUCUUGCUACGCCGCCUAAUCUGAAUCCUAACUCCGACGUGUUUGAACCAUGCAAAACCCCGAUGAACAAGGUGAACGACGAGCCUCAAGAAGAUGUCAAACCUUCCGUGGAGCAGCGUUCAAUGCUCUUGUUUGACGAUUUUCUAAAGGCUACGAACGCACAAGUUGCCACUGUUGACGAAUCAAUGAAAUCAAUGGAAGUUGAAUCAAUUAUUCAAAAGAAUACUGAGAGCGCCGAUGUUGAUGUGGUUAAUGAGACUCAGGAAUCGCUUAAGGCCGGAUUGGUAUAUGAAUCGGUGAAGUCAAUGGAAGUUGAAGAACCUAUUCGAACCGAGGAAGAAGCUGUCAGUAUCAAUGUGAUUGGUGAGACACAGGAAUCGGUCAUUGCUGAUCCAAUUACUGAAACAACGCAGAUUCGAUCAAAUGAAGAAGCUUACAAGGAGAAGCAAAUAGAUAGUGAUGAAUUGGAGGUGUUGAAGGUAGUGAAAAGGAAAGAAGCUGCUGUUAAUGACGAAGUUAGGGUUUUGAAGGCGGUGAAGAAAGAUGUAGUGGAAGAGAAGAAGAUUCUGAAUCUUGAGGAUGGUGAGUUUCCUGUUGAACCUGGGUGGUCAUUGCUUGGAAGGAAGAUUGAGGUUGCUACUUCAACAGCUAGAGGACUAAAAAGAUUGGUGGAUAAUGAGAUUGUUUAUUUUAAUUUCCCUGACCCAAAUACCUCUUACAAGUUCCAAUGGAUUGUUCGUGUCUCUACCAAGCGUUCUGGAGUGGUUGGGAGGCUGCCAAUGGAAUGGGCAAAAUCCGUCAUGCCUCUUGUGCAGACUGGAAAUGUUAAAGUUCGAGGCCGAUGCAUUGCCACACCAUACAAAUUGGAAAUGAUGCAAGAAAUAAUGUUGUUAGUAAGUUUUUAUGUUCAUCAAUCUGUAUUCUUGGAGUCUGUUGAUACCUCUUGGAGGCUAGAGGCUUGUGGCCACAUUAACUCUGCUGCUUACCCCCUCCUUACACUGUUACACAUGCUAGAGAUUGAGCCAUAUAGGAAGGCUGAUUUCACCCCUGAAGAAAUGAAGGCUCGGAAGCGGAUUCUUAAACUUGAUUCAGAUGAAGCUUCAGUUUUGCCUGUUAAUAAGCGUAGAAAAGGCAUCAGUGAGCCACUUCCAGAGCCAAAUGAGAAUGAACAAGCUCUUUCAGAGUCAGCUUUGAAUAAACUUGUUGGAGCCGCUGAAGUCUUUGACUUACAGGAGAAGGAAGCACCAAAACCCCUGAUGUGUAGUCUUAAGCCCUACCAGAGUCAAGCACUGUAUUGGAUGACAGAAAUUGAGAAGGGAGCUGAUGAUGAAAAUGCUGAUAGAAAUCUACAUCCUUGCUGGUCAGCCUACAAUAUAUGCAAUGGAAAGACAAUUUAUGUGAACAUAUUUACUGGGGAGGCGGCAAAGAAAUUUCCACAAGCAACACAGAGAGCAAGAGGAGGAAUUCUGGCGGAUGCAAUGGGACUUGGAAAGACUGUUAUGACAAUUGCCUUGAUUCUAAGUAAUCCAGGCAGGGUGAAGUCAGAAGACAGUAAUGCAGAGAGCCUAUAUGACAGCAUUUUCACAACUAAGAGGAGGAAUAUUAACAAUGUAGAGGGUGGCACUCUGAUUGUUUGUCCCAUGGCAUUAUUGGGUCAAUGGAAGGACGAGCUUGAAACACAUUCAAAAUCAGGCAGCAUAUCUAUAUUUGUUCAUUAUGGUGGGGGUAGAACUGAUAAUGUUGAUUUGUUGUUAGAGUAUGAUGUUAUCUUGACAACAUAUGGUGUCCUAUCAGCUUCAUACAAAAGUGAUAGAGAGAAUAGCAUCUACCACAGGGUCCAAUGGUUCAGAGUAGUGCUAGACGAAGCUCAUCAUAUUAAAGCCCAUAAAAGUCAGGUUGCCCAGGCUACUAUUGCCCUGUCCUCACACUGCCGCUGGUGUCUAACUGGAACACCGCUCCAGAAUAGUUUGGAAGAUCUAUUCAGUCUCUUGUCUUUCUUGCGUGUUGAACCUUGGUGCAGCUGGCAGUGGUGGACUAAGUUGAUUCAAAAGCCCUAUGAGCAGGGUGAUCAAAGAGCCCUGAAAUUGGUCAAGGGAAUUUUGAGGACCUUGAUGCUAAGAAGAACCAAGGAAACAAAGGAUAAAGAGGGAAGGCCUAUACUUGUCUUGCCACCAACUGAUAUUCAAUUGAUUGAGUGUGAACAGUCAGAAUCUGAACGGGACUUCUAUGAUGCUCUCUUCCUGAAAUCUAAAGUCCAAUUUGAGCAAUAUGUUGCACAAGGAAAGGUUCUUAACUACUAUGCAAAUAUCCUUGACCUACUAACUCAGUUAAGACGUUGCUGCAACCAUCCAUUUUUGGUCAUGAGUGGAAGUGAUCCUGCAAAGUAUGCAGAUUUGAGCAGACUUGCAAGAAAAUUCCUCAAUUCUCAUUCUGAAUCAUCUGAUAUGUGCUGUGAAAGUGAUACACAGCAAAAUGCAAAAUUGAACAAACUUGCUAGUAGAUUCCUACAGAAUUCUAUUUCUUCUUCCCAUUCUAUCCAAUCUCAUGGAUACAUUGAUGAGGUGUUGGGUCAUAUUCAAAAGGGUGAAACUGUAGAAUGCUCUAUAUGUUUGGAAUCACCUGAAGAUCCUGUUUUUACACCAUGCGCACAUCAGUUUUGUAGAGAAUGCCUAUUCAAUUGCUGGGGUACCUCAAUGGGUGGCAAGUGUCCAAUCUGUCGUCAAUCACUCAAGAAAAAUGAUCUUAUUAUACUUCCAUCAGAAAGCCCAUUCAAGGUUGAUACUGAGACCAAUUUGACGGAGUCUUCAAAAGUUUCAAGGCUGUUUGAUUUCUUAGAACAUAUUCAGAAAUAUUCUGAUGAAAAAAGUAUUGUUUUUAGCCAAUGGACUUCAUUUUUUGAUCUGUUGGAAAAUCCAUUAAGGAGGAGAGAGAUAGGAUUUUUAAGAUUUGAUGGAAAGUUGACUCAGAAGCAGAGGGAAAAGGUUUUGAAAGAAUUUAACAACACAAAAGAGAAAAGGGUUUUGUUAAUGUCACUAAAAGCCGGUGGCGUGGGCUUAAAUUUGACUGCAGCCUCAAAUGUUUUCCUAAUGGAUCCAUGGUGGAAUCCCGCUGUUGAGGAGCAAGCAAUAAUGAGGAUUCAUCGUAUUGGGCAAAAGCGAAGGGUUACUGUAAGAAGAUUCAUUGUAAAGAACACAGUGGAAGAUCGUUUGCAACAAGUGCAAGCCAAGAAACAGAAGAUGAUAUCUGGUGCACUCACUGAUGAUGAGGUUCGGACUUCCAGGAUUCAAGAUCUCAAAAUGCUAUUCUCAUAG